GUAGAGAGUAGAUGGCCGGCCGGGAAGUUUGGAAGGGCUUGGAAUCUAAGAACAUUCGGCAUUUAAUUUCUCAAAAAAGUAGUGUUUUUUCGUGAUUUUCUCCGGUUUAUCAAGAUGGAAAAGACUCCUCUGCUUACGGAGUUUUCCAAAAUUGUGAAUAAUUUCAAUGACUUGGUGAAACCACUUGUGAAUAUCCAAUCAUUCAAAGAGUCUGCAUUCUUUGUAAAUGAUCUCAUUAGGCAAAUCCACAAGUUUCUGGUGAAGGAAAAUGUUAUUGGGGUGGAUUUUAAGGUUUGUCCGGAGGGGCAGGAAAGUCUCCGGGAGAUUCUGUUGUUUCUCGUUGCAAAUAUGGAUACGGGAUUUAGGAGUGCCUUCCCAGAUGAACCUCUGUUUGUGAGUUUGGGGAAUGAGUUGCCUGAAUUGUCCAGGAAUCUCUUCUAUAUUUUGGUGUGGAGACUCAAUCUCAAGGAAGCUUUUUUGGAGUUGCUUUCUUUGGCACCUAUAACACUGCUUUGUGAUUUGAUGGUGAUUUUUCCGGAUGCCAUGCAGCACUUGGAUAAGGAGAAGGAUCUCAGCUGGGCAGUUAAGGUAAUUGUGGCUCUUUAUGAAAAUUUCAGUCGCAGGAGAAGUUUGGCGAAUGAGACAGAUUGGGAAAUUGCUUCUGGGUAUUGCUUGACUUUCAUGGGGGAUUAUUUUAAGGGAGAUCGUGAGGAUUAUCCCAAUAUGCAGAGAAAUCAGUUUUAUAUUCACCAAGGGCAGAUGGUUAGGCAUUUUUUGAGGAUUUCAGUGGAGUGCAUGAAAAUCUUUGUGAAUCGGGAAAGGGAAGAGAAUUGUCCGGAAAUUUACAAAAGGGCUUUUCUGGAGGAAGUUGUGAGGGUCGAUGAGGAUGAAAUUCAUCCAAAUAUUGAGAAAUUGAAUGAGAAACUCCUGAAUAAGCUUCAGAAUCUCGUUGACGGAGUCACAGUUCUGACCUUCUGUCAAUGGGUGGAAGUGGAUGUUGAGCCUGGUGUAACUCUCCAGGAUGCCAUCCAGAAUGUAGCCAUGGAGUUGGAUGUGAUUCCAAAGGAGGAAAAUGGUCUGAAACAUGGAGUUUUCCAACAGAUAAAAUGCCUAAUCCGGGAUCCAAAAAACGAAAAGCAAGUGGCCAAUGAGGCCACAAUUGGGGAAGUCCUGACGCAACUGGACAGUCUAACAAAUCCUGAGCAGAAAGCCCUUUGGAUGAGAGACUUGAUGUCUCGUGGGGAACUUGUCCUGGAAAAUCGAGAAUGCCUGGAAACAAUUCAGGAAAAUAUAAAAAUUCUUCUCUUGGAAGAUUUUGUCAAUUUGGCCAAAUUCAUGCAAAAUUCUGACUCUGACAAUGAAGAUAUCAUCGGGAAUAUUCUUCUCCAAGGUCUUUCUGUGCUUCCAAUCAAGGAAGCUGUUCAUCUUCUGACCACAGAACUCUACUACCUUCCAGGCCAUUGUAUUCGAAAAAACACCUUCCGGGAUGAUCUCCGGAAUCUCUUGGCAUCCAAGAGAUGGUCAGAAUCUGCCUACCUAAAGCUCCUGGCCCAGAAUCCCCGGGAAACCAUCUCAGAGAUGAGUAUCUGGGUGAUUGAUCACGAAAAGGAUAUGAAAGUUGCAUUGCAGUUGCUGCAACUAACCUCAAAAAUUACAGAAAAUCAUUUGGAAGAAAUCAUAACAGAUCUCAUCCUAUUCCCAACUCUCCGGACAACCAGUCGCCUCCUGGCCAACUGGAUCUGUCGCCUGCUGAAUUGUGGACUCCUCCGGAAGAAUAAAAUCCUCAAAGCUCUCUACUACAGCCUCGUAGAAUAUGUGGAAAAACACAACGAAAAGGGUAUCCUGGCCAUAAUGACCAUCUUCUCUGUGAUCUCCCAGAAGAGUUCCUUCUCCCAAGAUGCAGCAAAAGUCCUCUCAAUUGCUGGCAGAGUCCUGGACAACAGUCGAUGGACCCUAGAGACCUACACGGAAGAGAUCAAAGAAAUUGCCAGACUCUCAAUUGUCACGAUCGUGGAAACCAUGAAGGAUUUCCUAAAGUUCUCGUCUGAACUAGAAAAAUCUCAGCUAAAAAAGAAAAUUGCCCCCUUUUCGCUGAUGACGACUUUUUUCUACCAGAAACUCAGUCUCAAUAGAUCAACUCCCACUCAGAAUUUUGCAGAAUAUCUCUUGCAGAAGGAAUCUCUAGAGGAAGUUUCCCGGGAAGAGCUGGAGGAUUUCCUCUCGCAGAAAAUUAUUCACUGCACUUCCAAGGAAACUGUUUGGCUGGCUAGCAAUGAAUUCCUGAGGCCUCAUUUUGAGAGUGUCCUCCGGGAAUUAGCCAUCAAGGUGUCAGAGACGCCUUCAGCCAUUCGGGUUUCCCCUGCAAAGUGCUUCCGGAACUGCAUGUCAAAUUACCAGCAGGCUCUGGAGAAGGUGAUCAUCCCAGAGCUGGCAGGAGAUCGUGAAAAGGUUAUAUUUCUGCACAGAAUCCUGGAAUUAUUUGAUGUAAUUCCUCAGGAAAUCUACGAUGAGAUCCUCCAGAAUCUAUCCACGCAAAUUUUAGAUUUGCUGAAGGAUGUUCUAGAAACCGAAGAAUGCAUUCCGGACUGUCAUUCUGUGCUAAAAGCCCAAGUGAAUGGAUUGAGGAGUUGCAAACUCAAAACAAGUCUCUUGGAGUUGUUUAAUGAUUAAUUUUAUUAAUUUCUUUUUUCAUUUGUAUUAUGAUCCUCUGUAAGUUGAGUAUCCAUAAGGACUGAGAAGGAGAGGAAUAUGAUAGUUCUGAUUAUCUGAUGCAUUUUCAAUUUUAAACACAACCUAAAAAUAUAAAUAAAAUUGUCGAAUGAAA